CGUGGCUUAGACACUAUCGCACUUUUGGUGAAAAAAUGGCGACUAUCGAAGAUGGACAAGAACAGUCAAAAAGAGACAGGGCAUUCCUUGGCCAAUUGCCCGAUGACUUUCUCCGUGUGGAAGAAGUCCCACGUAGUGAACAACGAACUAGCAGCCAUCAAAGGGACCAUCCCCAUUUAGUACCCAUGACGUACAGUCCACAACAGCUCGGAUACAGGCAUGGGGAUGGUAGCCACGUAGGAAAAUUGAAAGUUACAAUAUUGCAGGCUAAAUUAGCUAAGAACUAUGGCCUUACACGUAUGGAUCCUUACUGUCGCGUGAGGAUUGGCCAUGCUGUCUAUGAGACCCCAACUGACAUCAAUGGGUCAAAGAACCCACGCUGGAACAAGACCUUCUCUGUUAAUCUUCCUCGUGGUGUUACCAGUGUUUAUGUUGAGAUAUUUAAUGAGCGUUACCUAUCACUGGAUGAUCGUAUAGCUUGGGGCUAUUACGAAUUACCUACUGAUGUGUUCAAUGGUGAGACAGUUGAGGAGUGGAUACCUCUUACUGGGAAGCAAGGAGAUGAGAAAGAAGGGAACAUUAAUUUCAUCUUCUCCCUUUCACCACUGCACCAGUUGGUAUCCUCAGGAGGUGUUCCCUACCAGCAGCAGCCAGCACAGUAUCCUCCUGGUUUCAUGCCACAGCAACCUCAGACUCAGUUCCAAGGCUCUCCUGUUGGAUAUUAUCCUCCUACUCCUCUCAUGAUGCAGCCACAGCAACAGCCAACUGCUGUUCAAGCUCCUUCAAGGCCCCCAGUGACAGAUGAGGAUGUUAGGCAAAUGAAAGAAAUGUUUCCUACAGUUGAUAAUGAAGUGGUCAAGUCCGUCCUUGAAGCAACCGGUGGUAAUAAGGAUCAAGCUGUUACCAACCUAUUGAGUAUGACUACUGAAUAACUCCAAUAUUGUUAGGCAGUGUUACUGCAGUACUAAUGUAUAAUUGACUGAAUGAGUUUAUCUCAAUGUCUGUGUGUGUGUGUGCCAUUAAUUAUACUUUGUAGCUUCAUUGUAAUAGGAAUUGUUUUGGUGUCUUAAUUAACUGUGUACUAAGACUGCUUAAUCAUUGUUAUUAAAUUUAUGCUGUUUUCAUUAAUAAAUGUUAAUUAAUGUUUGUUAUUAUUAUUAUUAUUGAUGUCAGAAUUAUUACCGAAUACGUCAGGGUUUGUUGAAAGAGA